AUGGUUCGCUUGCUGACCUUGACUGCCGUCGCUGCCCUGCUGGGCGCGGCGGUUGGUCAAUUCCCACCUACUCCGGAAAAUGUCACAACCAUUAAAUCUAAAUACAACGAGGACGUCACCAUCUCCUACAAAGAUCCCGGUAUCUGCGAAACAACUCCUGGGGUAAAGUCGUAUUCUGGAUAUGUGCAUCUUCCUCCUGGCACGCUGGCCGAUGUUGGCGAAUUCCAGAAUUACUCAAUCAACACAUUUUUUUGGUUCUUUGAAUCGCGCAAAGAUCCAGCUAAUGCGCCCCUCUCAAUCUGGAUGAACGGCGGCCCCGGUUCAUCUUCCAUGAUCGGCCUGCUCUCCGAAAACGGGCCGUGUAAAAUCAAUGAUGAUUCGAAUUCGACAUAUCUCAACCCUUGGUCCUUCAAUAAUGAAGUGAACAUGCUGUACAUUGACGAGCCCGUGCAAGUUGGUUUCUCGUACGAUGUUCCCUCCAACGGCACUCUUGACUUGACCACCUUGGAGACGACGUAUAUGGACUUCUCGCAUGGCGUUCCGGAGCAGAACAAUACUUUCCUCGUUGGAACCUUCCCCAGCGGAUUGUUGAAUUCCACUGCUAAUGGCACUACCAAUGCUGCUCGUGCGCUGUGGCACUUUGCUCAGGUUUGGUUUCAGGAAUUCCCAGACUACAAGCCCAACGACAACAAGAUCAGCAUCUGGACCGAAUCGUAUGGUGGUCGCUAUGGCCCUUCGUUUACCGCCUUCUGGGAGGAGCAAAACCAGAAGAUUGAGAACGGCACUCUCAACAGCACCGGUGAGCUGUAUGAUAUUCACUUGGAUACGCUUGGUAUCAUCAACGGCUGUGUCGACCUCCUUAGCCAAGAAUUAUCCUAUCCGGAGAUUGCAUACAAUAAUACUUAUGGCAUCGAAACCAUCAACAAGACAAUCUACGACCAGGCCAUCAAUGAUUUUGAGCGACCGGGUGGCUGCAAGGACCUUAUCAUCGAAUGUCGAGCUCUUGCAGCCGAAGGAGAUCCUACCAACCAGGGUAACAAUGUGACUGUCAACGACGCAUGCAUGCUGGCAGACAUGACCUGCGAAAACCUAGUUGAAGGGGGUUAUGUCAAUUACUCUGGCCGAAGCUACUAUGACAUUGCCCACCUCAACCCGGACCCAUUCCCGCCGUCCUACUUCAUCGGAUAUCUGACUCAAAACUGGGUGCAAAAGGCGCUCGGUGUCCCUAUCAACUUCACCGAGAGUAUCAACUCUGUUUACUAUGCCUUUUCGUCGAUUGGCGACUAUCCCCGUGGUGGAUUUCUCGAAGACCUUUCUUAUAUUCUCGACAAUGGCAUCAAAGUUGCCAUGGUUUACGGCGACCGCGACUACGCCUGCAAUUGGAUCGGCGGCGAACAAGUCUCGCUGAACGUCAAUUACAGUCUCAGCAACCAAUUCCGCUCUGCAGGGUAUCAAGAUGUGAACGUCAACAGCACCUACGUAGGCGGUCAGGUCCGGCAGUAUGGCAACUUUUCAUUCACUCGCGUCUACGAAAGUGGUCAUGAAGUGCCCGCGUACCAGCCUGAGACGGCGUAUAAUAUCUUCCAUCGUGCCAUGUUUAACAAGGACAUUGCGUCUGGAAAUCUGUCGAGCUUAGGAAACUACAGCACACACGGCCCAAGCUCAACGUGGCAGAUCAAGAAUGAGGUGCCGCCGAGUCCGGAUCCCAUCUGCUAUACACUUGCGCUGGAAUAUACUUGCACUGAGGACCAGAUUGCAAGUGUUCUGAAUGGCACCGCGCUGAUCCACGACUGGGUGUUGAUUGAUAAUACUACGUCGGGAUUCUUCAAUUCGAGCACUUUCAAUGGGACAAGUGCUACGCCGAAGCCAAAGGUUACUGCAUCGCCGAGUGCUGCAUCCAGCUCGGCAGUUGCGCCGGUCGUCGGUUCAGUCAUUGCCCUUGUGCUGACUGCUUUGGCUGGUGGUGUGUUUUAA